AUGCUGCCGGUGAAGGUCCAGACACCACUGCAAGUACGUGGGUUCGACGGCUACGCGGAGUUCCUCUUCGAGCAGGUCGGCGGCGCCCUGCUGCGGGCCUGCGCGGGCCAGCCCGGCGGGGCGAAGGCCGCGGAGGCCUUCCGGCUCGUGGACACGUCCGGCGGCGGCGACGGCCGGGUCGGGCCCGAGGAGCUGCAAGUGGCGGCGGUUAAGUACGGAGAUCGGAACCUCACGACCCCGCAGCAGUCGCGCUUUGUGGAGCUGGUGAGCAAAAAGGCGGGCAUCUCUUCAGGCUCCGCCCUCGACUUCUCGCACUUCCAGGCCGUGUUCAUCCCGAAGGGCCCCGCGGCGGUGGUGUAUCAGCCGACGCAGCAGCUGCUGCCCCCGCCGAGCCUCGAAGAGUCCUGCAUGCACCUGCACCGCCUUGGCCCCGAGCGCAUCCGCAGACUGCGGGACCGCGCGCACCGCCGGAAUCCGGACGGGCACCUCGGCCUGCAGGAGCUGGCGCGCUGCAUCAAGGAGGCCGCGCCCGAGCUGACCCCGGCGGAG